AUGGACCUCGAGCACCGUAUCAAGGCUUACCGCUUUGUCGCCUACUCGGCGGUAGCCUUUUCGAUUGUUGCAGUCGUUUCGGUCUGUGUCACCCUGCCAAUGGUCUACAAUUAUGUCCAUCACGUGAAGAGGACCAUGCACAACGAGAUCAGUUUCUGCAAGGAAUCAGCCAGGGACAUUUGGAGCGAAGUCAACCACCUCAAGAAUAUCCCCGCCGGAAACAGAACCGCCCGUCAGGCUGGCUACGACGCCGGAGUAGGUGGUGGAUCCGCCAGCGCCGGUGGUAACUGCGACUCCUGCUGUCUACCAGGAGCCGCUGGACCAGCUGGAACCCCUGGACAGCCUGGUCGCCCAGGUAAGCCCGGUGCACCUGGACUUCCAGGUAACCCAGGACGCCCACCACAGCAGCCAUGCGACCCUGUCACACCUCCUCCAUGCAAGCCAUGCCCACAAGGACCUCCUGGACCUCCAGGACCACCUGGACCUGAUGGAGAUGCUGGACCAAACGGACAACCUGGAGCUCCAGGAAAUGAUGCCCAACCUGGUCAGCCUGGUCCAAAGGGACCACCUGGACCUAACGGAAACCCAGGAGCCCCUGGUGCACCAGGACAGCCUGGAGCACCCGCUGUUUCG